UUCUUGCAAAUUGUGCUCGAAUUUUGCUUAUGCCUUCAAAUUACGCCAUGGAAGCUCCAACUGACCUCUCUGCAAAACCCUAGCAGAACCUGAGGGGAAUCGAUCUUCCAUGUCCAGACCUCCUUGAUUGUUGUGCGUGGAAAGAUUCGGACAUUCAGAGCCAAUGGAUUCUCCCAUCCCCUUUCAAGACCUCAAUCUUCUCCCCGACCCAUCCACUGCUCUAAUGGCGGCCUCUAUCUCCCCCAACACAGCUACAAUCAACGCUUCUCCUAACAACAAAUUUGUUGAAAGCGGCAAGUUGCUGACCCCCAAAUUGGAACCCAAGCUCGAGCCAUUCGACGAUCUUUUCCAGACUCCACAGACCCAACCACCCCAACCAGUCCAGCAACCCUUCUUGUCAAGCCCUCCAUCUAACUUUUUCUCCAACUCUGACUUUGCCCAUACCCCCUUCUCCGACCAAAACCAAACCCCCAUUUCUCAGUCUGCAUCCAUUUCCUCCGAUAAGGACAAUGUUUACUCCGAAUUUUACCGCAUUUCUCAGCUAUUCAGGUCUGCUUUUGGCAAAGGAUUUCAGAACUAUGGCGAUGCUGAAGUUGUGGAUCCUGAUGCUCGGGCAAUUGUACCAGUUCCGGAGGAGAACCAGGUUUCGACCGUGGUCGUCUCAAAGAGGAGGUACGAUAAAAGGUCCUCUGAGCUCGUAAGGGUUACUGAUCUUGGUGUCGAGGACCAGCGGUACUUCCGCGACGUGGUGAGGCGGACCAGGAUGAUUUUCGAUUCGUUGCGUGUAUUAUCAACGGCGGAGGAGGAGAAGAGUGCGGGACUAAUGAGGCGACUUCGGGGCGAUUUGAGGGCUUCGUCCUUGAUGAGAGAACGCGGUCUGUGGCUGAAUCGCGACAAACGGAUUGUUGGGUCGAUUCCGGGGGUGCACAUUGGCGAUCUAUUCUUCUUUAGGAUGGAAUUGUGUGUUGUUGGAUUGCAUGGUCAGGCUCAAGCUGGAAUUGACUAUGUUCCUGCGAGUCAGAGCUCGAACGGGGAGCCAAUUGCCACUAGCGUAAUUGUUUCUGGUGGAUACGAGGACGAUGAGGAUUCUGGGGACAUGAUAAUCUAUACGGGUCAUGGUGGGCAAGACAAAUUUUCAAGACAGUGCAUGCACCAAAAGCUUGAAGGUGGGAAUCUUGCUCUGGAGAGAAGCAUGCACUACGGGAUUGAAGUGAGGGUUAUACGAGGUAUAAAGUACGCGGGCAGUGUAGCCAGUAAGAUUUACGUAUAUGAUGGUCUGUAUAGAAUUCUUGACUGUUGGUUUGAUGUGGGAAAGUCGGGUUUUGGUGUCUACAAGUAUAAGCUUUUGAGAAUUGAUGGUCAAGCCGAAAUGGGUAGCUCCAUUUUGAAGUUUGCCGAGACUCUCCGGUCUAGACCCCUGUCUUUGAGGCCUGCUGGUUAUCUCAGUCUCGACAUUUCACUGAAGAAGGAGGCUGUUCCAGUUCUCCUCUUCAAUGACAUCGACAACGAUCAAGAGCCAUUGUAUUAUGAAUAUCUUGUUAGAACUGUGUUUCCGCCUUUUGCCUUUCACCAAUCAGGAAGUGGUACUGGGUGUAGCUGUGUUUCAGGUUGUGUUCAUGAUUGCUUUUGUGCUAUGAAAAAUGGUGGGGAGUUUGGUUAUGAUCAAAAUGGAUUCUUAGUAAGAGGAAAGCCUAUAAUUUUUGAAUGUGGACCCUUCUGUCAGUGCCCCCCUCAAUGUCGGAAUCGUGUUUCGCAGAAAGGCUUGAAACACAGACUGGAAGUGUUUAGGUCCAGGGAAACAGGUUGGGGCGUUAGAUCUUUGGACUUGAUACACGCUGGUGCUUUUAUAUGUGAAUAUGCAGGAGUUGUUCUCACGAGGGAACAGGCUCAAGUUUUUUCUAUGAAUGGUGAUACAUUGAUAUAUCCAAAUCGGUUUUCAGAUAGAUGGGCAGAAUGGGGCGAUCUGUCUCAAAUAUAUUCCAAUUAUAUGCGGCCAUCAUACCCCUCUGUUCCUCCUUUGGAUUUUGCUAUGGAUGUAUCCAGAAUGAGAAACGUUGCCUGUUAUAUAAGCCAUAGUACAUCUCCAAACGUGUUGGUGCAGUUUGUGUUAUUCGAUCAUAAUAACUUAAUGUUUCCUCACCUUAUGUUGUUUGCAAUGGAAAAUAUCCCUCCUCUGAGGGAGCUUAGCAUUGACUAUGGUGUGGCUGAUGAAUGGUCAGGGAAACUUGCGAUCUGUAACUAAUUUUGAAAAGGUUAUUGUUUUUGAUAUGAGCAGCUCCAAAUGCUGAGAUCAAUGAACCAAGAUGAGAGUUGGAAUAUUGUCUAUCUUAAAAUUUUUUUGAAGUCGCGGCCUCGUUCCUAGCUAUCACACCGCCCUUUUCUGGAGAGAAGUAGACUGCAAACUUGUUUCAACUUCCAUAUCAAGUAAUUCACGACCUUUUUGACUUAAAUACUGUAUUGUCGUUGUUGUUGGCUCAGUUGCUCAGACAUGUUAAAAAAGCACUGCCAAGUUUUUCAAAGGAAGAAAAAGAAAAGAGCUUAUGAAUUUCUGCAACUGAUCACAGACCACGAUGGCAGUGCGAAAAUACUCUUCUACAGAUUUUGGGCUUUUGGAUCAAGCCUUUAGAUACAGAAUUUUCGCGGGAAACUUAAGGCCAAAAAAGAAAAGAAAAAAAAAACCGUUUCCCAAGCUUGUAAGCAUGAAAUUGAAAAUUUUUUGUACUUAUAUAGCUUGUAAUUUACAAAGUCCAUAAUCGGCUAAAAAUUUGUACUCUGUACAGUACAGUAAUUUCUUUCAGAUGUACAGCUGAAGUCUUGGUUCUUCUGUUUCUUCUAAAUUCUCUCUCUCUCUGUGUUCUUUCUUCCUCGUAUUUUUGGAUCAGUAGCUCAUUCUUGGAUGGUCCUGUCUUGCUGUUCUUUUGAGUAGUUAUGUUAUAAGGAAGCUGCUUUUACCUGUAA